AUGCCACAGUUGAGUCGUCAGGGCUCUCGCAGUCCCCGGCACUUUCGAACCCGUUCUCGCUCCCGCAGCCGAGAGAGGAGUGUAUCUCCGGACAGCUUCGGACCCAAGCUACCGAGGCCACGAGACAGGGACCGUGAGCGACAGGAACGGGAGCAUCGGCUUAGGGAGGCGAAGACCCUCAAGCGGAUCCGAAUCGGAAGCCCCCGUCGCAGUCGAUCCCGAUCCCGCGAAAGGUACAGUGGCAGCGGCCCAAAUCACAACCGCUGGUCGGAGCAGAGGGAAGCUUCGUGGAGGCACGGCGGCCCCAGAGACGAUUUUUAUCAUGACCAGCAGAGAGACGAUGCCCAUAGACAGAGACAAGAAGAACUCAUGGCAAGGCGGCUGAAGGAGCGAGAGAGGAUCGGCGAGCAAGGUUGUCCUGAAGUAUGGGGGUAUUCGCCGAGAGUGAAAGAAGAGGACUCUGAUGAAUUCACACCUGUCGAAGAUGAUGGAAAAUAUAUCAGCUCGGCGUCAAAUUCUGAAGAUGAAAAGAGAAAGAAAAAGAAGAAGAAAUCCAAAAAGAAAAAGCACAAGAAGCAGUCGGACAGCGGCUUGGAGUCAGAUGCUGAUGAGGACAAAGGGAAGAAGAAGAACAAGAAAAAGAAGAGCAAAAAAUCCAAGAAGUCCAAGAAGAAGAAGGCAAGAAAGAGCCGACAGUCUUCAAGUGACUCCAGCAGUGGAGAGUCUGAGGAAGAGGAGGAAACUGGCGAGGUCAUGUGGGUUGAGAAAGGCUCUGCCGAAGACAAUCUGGUGGGACCUGAAGCGCCGCUCACGCUCCUGUCUCAGGAUGAGAAACCUUUAGAUUUUGGUCACGCCUUGCUGCCAGGUGAAGGCGCAGCCAUGGCGGAGUACGUUAAAGCCGGAAAGCGUAUUCCAAGAAGAGGAGAAAUUGGCCUGACGAGCAACGAGAUUGCAGACUUUGAGAAAUCGGGAUACGUGAUGAGCGGCAGCAGACAUCGCCGCAUGGAGGCUGUGCGUCUGCGAAAGGAAAACCAGAUUUACAGCGCCGACGAGAAGAGAGCGCUAGCCUCCUUCAAUCAGGAGGAACGGCGGAAAAGGGAGAGCAAGAUCCUGUCCAGUUUCAAAGAGAUGGUCUACAGGAAGACCAAAGGGAAAGAGGACAAGCCCUGA